CGACGUCUCCAACUUUCAGUUGCUUUCGAGCUGCACAAGGCAACGGUUUAAGUUCGGCGCUUACCGGUUGAGAGAGAAGAGUAAAAGAAAAGGCAAAAGAAAUCGAGAGACUGUCUCCACCGAGAGAAAAGCAACAGAAAAAGAGAGAGCCAAGGCAGGCGAGAGAGAGAGCGGAGGGGAGAGCGAAAAGUGAAAGACCGAUAAACCAGCAAAGAAUUCUUCGUGCGCGAUCGCCGACUCCGAAUAACUUCAAUCGCCCUGCAGAAUUCCCAGCGAACGGUUCAUGCAGCGGAUUAUCGCGUCGCGAAAACUAAAUUUUUUUUUUUAGUUCGGUGCUCGUGCAGUGUGAUUUUGAUUUUUUUUUCUGUUUUGUUUAACCGAGUAUCGACGAACCCCCAAACUUCCUGGCAUGUCGAGGCAUCAAUUGAAACUAUCCGAAACUAGUGCCAAGUGCUAAAAUUCCAAGGAAGUUUACAGUGUGCUUUAAGUAAAUUGCAAAAUCCAGCAAAAGCCCGCAAACCCAAAUAUAAAAUAAUAAACCGAAAAAAAAACCAACAAAAACUCAAACGGACGGACAGCUGGCAGCAGCAGGUGUGAGCGAGAGAGCAACAAUGCACCGCACGCAGCCGCAGUCGCUGCCGCUGCUUCUGCUGGCGCUGGCGUUGGCUUUAACGCUGGCUUUGGCGCAGGCGCAGAAUAUAGAUGCAGGCUGCAGUUUUCCGGGAUCGCCGGCGCACAGCAGCGUGGUCUUCUCGAAUGCGAAUCUCACCCAGGGCACGGUGGCCUCCUACAGCUGCGAGCGCGGCUUCGAGCUUUUGGGACCGGCGCGGCGUGUCUGCGACAAGGGGCAGUGGGUGCCCGAGGGCAUACCGUUUUGCGUUUUGAAUGUUGCCGCUGGCAAGGCGCCGAUGCAGAUUUCCACUGAUGGCGCCGGUGCUCCACAAAAGGCCAUCGAUGGAUCCACAUCCGCCUUCUUCACGCCGGAGACCUGCUCUUUGACGAAGUCAGAGCGAUCGCCCUGGUGGUAUGUCAACCUUCUGGAACCCUACAUGGUGCAACUGGUGCGCCUGGACUUUGGCAAGUCCUGCUGCGGCAACAAGCCGGCUACAAUUGUGGUGCGAGUGGGCAACAACCGACCGGACUUGGGAACGAAUCCGAUUUGCAACCGAUUCACGGGUCUCCUGGAGGCCGGACAGCCACUCUUCCUGCCCUGCAAUCCGCCGAUGCCCGGCGCCUUUGUGAGUGUGCAUCUGGAGAACAGUACGCCCAAUCCGCUGUCCAUUUGCGAGGCGUUCGUCUACACGGACCAGGCGCUGCCCAUCGAGCGUUGUCCGACGUUCCGCGAUCAGCCGCCGGGUGCCCUGGCCUCGUACAACGGCAAGUGCUACAUCUUCUACAACCGCCAGCCGCUGAACUUCCUGGACGCCCUCUCCUUCUGCCGCUCUCGCGGCGGCACCCUGAUCAGCGAAAGCAAUCCGGCGCUGCAGGGCUUCAUCAGCUGGGAGCUGUGGCGACGCCAUCGCAGUGACGUCAGUUCGCAGUACUGGAUGGGAGCGGUACGCGACGGCAGCGACCGGAGCAGCUGGAAGUGGGUGAACGGAGACGAGCUGACCGUCUCCUUCUGGAGUCAUCCGGGCGGCGACGAGGACUGCGCCCGCUUCGACGGCUCCAAGGGCUGGCUGUGGAGCGACACCAACUGCAACACGCUGCUCAACUUCAUCUGCCAGCAUCAGCCGAAGACCUGCGGACGGCCGGAGCAGCCGCCCAACUCCACGAUGGUGGCCCUCAAUGGAUUCGAGGUGGGCGCCCAGAUCAAGUACAGCUGCGAUGCCAACCACCUGCUGGUGGGUCCGGCCACGCGCACUUGUCUCGAGACGGGCUUCUACAACGAGUUCCCCCCGGUGUGCAAGUAUAUCGAAUGUGGUCUGCCGGCCAGCAUUGCCCAUGGCUCGUAUGGCCUGUUGAACAACACGGUUGGCUACUUGAGCCUGGUGAAGUACUCCUGCGAGGAGGGUUACGAGAUGAUAGGACGAGCCCUGCUCACCUGCGACUUUGAUGAGCGCUGGAAUGGACCACCGCCCCGCUGCGAGAUUGUGGAGUGCGACACACUGCCUGGCAAUUACUACAGCACCAUUAUCCAUGCGCCCAAUGGCACGUACUACGGAUCCAAGGCGGAGAUCAGUUGUCCCCCGGGCUAUCGCAUGGAGGGACCUCGAGUCCUCAGCUGUUUGGCCAGCGGUCAGUGGAGCAGUGCCCUGCCGCGUUGCAUUAAGCUGGAGCCCUCUACACAGCCCACGGCCGCGCCCACCGUUCCCGUGCCCUCUUCGGUGGCCACGCCCCCGCCGCCGUCGCCGCCCUUCCGGCCCAAGGUCGUCGUGCCGAGCUCCACCACCAGCCGCACCCCCUACCGCCCAUCUGUCACCUCCACGGCGAGCAGCGGCAGCAGCGGCAGCUCCACCAGCACAGUGGGCACGUACCCGAGCCUCAGUCCCACGCAGGUGGAGAUCAACGGCGAAUCUGAAUCCGAGGAGGACGUCAAUGUGCCGCCAGUGCCGGGAACCGUUCGCGAGGAGUUCCCGCCCCGCCGCACCGUUCGUCCCGUGCUCAUUCCCAAAAAGCCGAAUAGCACGCCGGUGGCCUUGCCACCCACCACCCAUCAGGUGCCAGCCAAUCCACCCUCCACCUACGCACCCACACCGCCGCGCAGCAGAGUUCCCAUUGGAGUGGAGACCACCACCCGGAACACGCAGCAGAUCAUCGCCAACUCGCAUCCGCAGGACAACGAGAUCCCCGACAGUGUCAACAUCCAGCAGAACCAGUCGCCCAAUGUCAACGUGCCCUUCGCCGUCGACAAUCCGGAUCGCAAGGAGACCAAGGAGGCCAAACUCAACCUGGGCGCCAUUGUGGCUCUGGGCGCUUUUGGUGGCUUCGUCUUUCUGGCCGCCGUCAUCACCACGAUCGUGAUCCUUGUGCGAAGCACCCCGAACAGCCAACGGCGGCACCUAGCCAAACACUUAACCGCUUACCAACAUCAUCAUGCUCAUCAUCAUCACCAGCAAAUCCAGAAAAUCCAGCAAAUCCAGCAAAUGCAGCAGUUCCAGCAGCAGAAGUACCACAACCCAAGCCACCAGCCGAAGUACCAGCCCCACUCACAGCCAACGAAAAAGGCCCAGGGAUUCGGGAUUGGGAUUGGCAUUGGAAUACCGCGGCCAAGUCGAUUGCCCAGCUAUGCCACGGCGACGGCCACCAGUGCCACCAGCUACGCAUCCACCGCCCAACUAGCGCAGCUCUUCCCAGGCGGUGGCUCAGUUGGUGGUGGUGGUGCUGGUGGUGGUGGUGCUGGUGGUGGUGGUGCUGGUGUUGGUGGUGCCGGAAAUGGCAAUGGUGCCCUGGACUAUGGCAGCAUAGGUUCCGGCAGUGUUGGCCUGGUCGGAGCACCCUCAUCGCUGUGGUAUAGCGUUCUGGCCCUACCCUUCGAUGACCAAAAGCUGGGGCGGCGGGAGUUUAGCAGCUAUGGGCGUGGCUAUCGUUCCCGGGCCGGACUCUUCAGCAGCACGCAUAUGUAACAGGGGGGAACCCCGUAUAGAAAGGAGAUAAAUUCAAAUCAAACCAAGCCAAAGAGACCUGCUACUACCUGGAACAACCACUAUCUAACUGAAAAAAAAAAUAAAAACGUGCCAAAGAUGCAAGACAAACGAAUUAUAUGCUAAACGAAUCACACAAAACUAGAAAACAAUGCGGCCAUAUGCAAAUGUAAAUGUAAGCAGCCCAAAAGCAAACAACAUUUAUAUCAAUCAACCAAACCAAAAACAACACCACACGAAACAACAAUCAGUCAGUCAGUCAGUCAAUCAGUCA